GGACAAUGGAGUUAGACCUUCUGAUCGGUCUACAGUUUCAAAGCUUAAUCCUGUUUUUGUCAAACCACACGGCACGUCGACGGCUGCAAAUUCAAGUUUUCUGACUGAUGGUGCCUCAGCUUGCCUACUGACCACUGCUGACAAGGCCGAAGCGCUCGGAUGGAAACCCAAAUGUUAUUUACGUGACUUUAUUUAUGUUAGCCAAGACCCCAAGGAUCAGCUAUUGUUGGCUCCAGCCUACGCGAUUCCUCGGUAG